GCGACAACAGCUCGUUCGGCGAUAGCGACGAUCCCCCGCACGUUUGUUCAUAGAGCUGAAAGAGAUCCGGCCGCAAUAAUUCUUUUCAUUUAUUUCGACCGCAACUUCAACAUAUGCCGUUAUUUUCCAGCCUUAUCCCUAGCGCCGUCAGCGCGUUCGGCCUGCAAACCGCACUUGCUGCGGUUUUUGUGCCCCAACGAAAUGACAAAUUCUAUGACCUUGGUGGUGCCCUCGGCUUUCUCUCGACGGCGUUCAUCUCUCUUUACUAUCCCUACGUCAAGGCGAACUAUCUGAAUGGCAGGAAGCUAUCGGCCGUCCCAUCAAUCAUAAGCUUCGCGCCGAGACAGCUCUUGCUGACUGCCGCCCUCGCCGCGUGGAGCACGCGUUUGGGCAGCUUCUUGGUGACUAGGGCGCUUAAUGCCGGAGGGGAUUCCAGGUUUGACAAUAUUAAGAACCAGCCGGCUCAGUUUGCGGGAUUUUGGCUAGGCCAAGGCAUUUGGAUACUUCUUGUCGGCCUUCCAGUGUAUAUGGUCAAUACGUUGCCGGCAGCUGCUCAUCCGCCGCUUACUAGACUUGACUAUGCCAGUCUCGUUCUGUUCGGCGGCUCCUGGCUCUUGGAGAUAAUCGCCGAUCACCAGAAGACUUCCUGGCGACACGCUCGCGAUAGAAAGCAACACGAUGAGAGAUUUAUUACACGCGGCCUGUGGGGAAUAAGCCGUCAUCCGAACUAUGUCGGAGAAGUUGGCCUGUGGACCGGCAUCUGGCUGCUCUCGCUCAACUCUCUGCGCACUCAGUAUUUUCCUCGUGGGUCCUGGUUGUUGGCCGGCGCGAGCCCGCUCAUGACCUGGUUCCUUCUGCGCAACGUGUCUGGAGUGCCGCCACUUGAGAAAGCAGGCGACGAUAGGUUCGGCAACGACCCGAAGUGGCAGGAAUACAAACGGACUGUUCCCGUCUUCUGGCCCUGGGGACCUCGCGGGUGAUUCCCAUCUGAGAGCAAGAUAACCACGGAGCCGUUUCCGAGCAAAGUCGUGUCUUGGACCGUCGUGUUCUAUCGUUUGUACAGCCAUGACCAAUGUCUUGAUAGUUACGUGUAGGAUGUUCCGUAUUGAUCGUAUCUGUAGCGAUAGGCCCAUUGUCUAGAGCCAUGUAAUUUCUUCCACGCAGGUCUCGCUUCCUCGACAUCCAUUCAUUACCAGUUACUCUGGGUACGCG